AUGUGUGCGUGUGCGUGUUUUGCGCCUCCCAUUGAACAACGCUUUUACGCGCGUUGUGAUGUGAGCGCGCGAGCAUGUACCGUUUCCUUUCUUCCCCUCUUCUCUCUUCUCUUCUUCUCUCCUCUGCUGGCGAGACUGUUGUUGUCAGCGCUCAAGCAAGCGAGGCGUGUCUCCGUUGUCUAUGUCUUUUCCCUCCAUAGAGGAACGAGACAAGCACGGCACUCCCUCAACUUGCUGCAGUGCUGCUGUCUUGUGUGUGUGCAUUGUCCGUUUGUGUGGAUGUGCGCGCUUCGUGUCACGUUCCCCACACACACCUCAUCAAAUCACGUCACAUCCGUUGAAUCUGCGUUUGGGGGCACGAGGCGGAAGCACUCUGCUCGGGUGCGAUCACGACUGUCACGCACACACGCGUGUCUGUGUCUGUGUCUGUGUGGUUGA